AUGGAAGGGGAUGGAGUGGGUGGACUGAGCGCGCGGUGCGCUGUGGGCGGUUCCGCAGGCAACUACAUCUCGGAGGUGGGCGCGGAGUCGUGGCGCGGGCUGGAGGGGUCGCUGCAGGAGCUGUCGCUCGCCGACAACCUGCUGGCCGCGCUGCCGCCCGACGCCUUCGCCGCGCUGCCGCAGCUCGAGGCGCUCGACCUGGGCGGCAACGCGCUGCUGGAGCUGGACGCCUCAGCCUUCCGCGCCGGCCCGCCCCGCCUCGCGCGCCUCGCCCUGCGCCACAACCUGCUCGCCAACGUGCCCUACCGCCAGCUGAGCCCCCUGACUGCGCUGAAGCACCUGGACCUGAGCUACAACCGCAUCACGGGGCUGCACGCCCCCGAGGGCCCCGGCGCGCAGGGCGACGAGGGCGGCGCGGGCGCGGGCGCGGGCGUGGGCGGCGCGGGCGGUGAUCGGCAGCGCCUGCGCUGGUCCCUCGACUCGCUGCGCCUCGACCACAACCAGAUCGCCUUCCUGCCGCCCAACGCCUUCGAGCAGUUCGAGUGGCUCAACCGCACGUCGCUCGACGGAAACCCCAUCACCUCCGUCCAGGUGGACGCGUUCCGCGACGCGCACGUGCGCGAGCUGUCGUUCCGCGGCUGCGGGCUGGCGGACGCGUCGGCCGGCGCGUUCUCGGGGCUGGAGGGGUCGCUGGCGUGGCUCGACCUGUCGGCCAACAACCUGACGCGGCUGGCGGCGCCGCUGCUGGAGCGGUUCGGCGCGCUGCGCACGCUGCUGCUAGCGGACAACCGCGCGCCCGGGCUGCGCGCGCUCGCCGGGCCCGAGAUGGGCGGCGACCCCGGCCGCGCCUCCGCGCUGCCCGGCGGCGCGGGCGCGGGCGGCGGCGCGGGCCGCCCCGGCGACGCCAAGCCCCCGCCCCCGCGCUCCAGCGUCUUCCGCAUCGACCUCUCGGGCCCCGAAAUGGGCGUCGUCGACCUGCAGGAGCUCAACCGGUUCCAAAAUCUGCGUUCCCUGGCGGUGUCGAAGCUGCCGCGUGACACGCUCUCGGCGGAGGACCUGCUGAACACGGGCGUGGACCUGGAGGAGCUGCGCAUCACGCGCUCCAACCUGCGCACCAUCCGCAGCCACGCGUUCGCGCACGCGCGCGGCCUGCGCGUGCUGGACCUGGCCGAGAACGAGAUCGCCACCAUCGAGGCGGAGGCCUUCUCAGAGGUGGGCCACUCGCUGACGAGCCUGCGCCUGGACAACGGCCUCGCGUCGUCUUUCAGCAGCGUGCCCGCCGACGCCUUCCGGCCGCUCGCCAACCUGGUGGAGCUGGACCUGAGCAACAACCGCCUGCGCUCCAUGCCCGAGUACGCGCUUCUGGCGCUGCGACGCCUGCGCAAAGAUGUGCACAUGCGGCUAGAAGAAGUGGACAUGGGCUUCAACCAGCUGCCCGAGGUGCCCAGCCACGCCUUCAAGGAUCUGCCUGCGCUCGAACGCCUACUUCUGGACGACAACCAGAUUUCCCGGGUGGGGUGGCAAGCCUUCAUGAACCUCCCUCACCUCUACGAAUUGCGCCUGAGAGGCAACAAGCUGACGGAGCUGCCGACCGAGGGCUUCCAGAACCUGCCCGCGCUGCGGCUGCUGGACGUGAGCUGGAACGCGCUGCAGGCGCUGGACCUCGGCUCCGCCCUGGACGCGGUGGGCACGCUGGCCCCGUCCCUGGUCUUCAACGCGUCGCAUAACAACCUCUGGCGGCUCGACAGCAACGGCACCGGGGCGCCGCACGUCUCCGUCAAGGUGCUGGACCUGUCGUUCAACAACCUGUCGCUGGUGUCGCGCGGCGCGCUGCGCCCGGUGCAGACGUCGCUGACGCGGCUGCUGCUGUCGCACAACGCGCUGCGCAACGCGUCCCGCGCCGCCUUCGGCCGCCUGCCGCGCCUGCAGGAGCUCGACCUGGCGCACAACCACCUGCAGGAGAUCGACUUCGACGCCUUCCGCGACUCGCGCCGCCUGCAGAUGCUGGACCUGUCUUACAACGAGCUGAUGGACGUGCCGGCGGAGCUGUUCCGCGACCUACCCAGCAUCCGCGACGUGCGCCUCUCGCACAACCGCCUGCGCGCGCUGCCCGACGCGCUCUUCUCGGAGGACGGGCUGCGCCGCCUCGACCUCAGCCACAACCUGCUGGCGCGCAUGCCCGCCGCCUCGCUCGCCACCCUCGCCGCCGCCUCCGUCGUGCGCCUCGACCUGCAGUGGAACGCCAUCUCCGCGCUGCACGGCCAGGACGUCUUCUCGCGGUUCAAGUCGCUGCAGUGGCUGGACCUGAGCGGCAACCGGCUGGUGCGGCUGGAGGACGCGGCGUUCGCCGCCCUGCCGCGCCUGGCGCACCUGCGGCUGGCGCACAACGCCGAGCUGCAGGUGGACGCGCGCGGCCGCGCCUUCGCCGGCCUGCGCGACUCGCUGCUGUCGCUGUCGCUGCUGCGGCUGGCCGGCAACCCGGUGACGGCGGUGGGCGACACGUCGCUGCUGGGCGUCGCCGAGCGCCUCACCGAGCUCGACCUGCGCCGCCUGCCGCUCGCCUUCUUCGAGAUGUCGAUGCUGCGCACGCUGCGCGUCAGCACGUACCCUGAGGUGCACGGGCUGAGCGUGCCGGCGCUGCUGCACGGCACGCACGCGCUGCGCACGUUGCACGUGGACGUGCCCCACGGCUCCACGCUCACCCGCGAGCUGCGCGGACCGCUGCCGCCCGGCCUGCGCAACCUCACGCUCUCCGGCCCCGGCCUCACCGAGCUGCCCGAGUACCUGCUCGAGGGCGUGCGCGGGCCCGAGCUACACCUGCAGCUGCGCAACACGAGCGUGAGCGCGGUGGACGGCGGCGUGUUCCGGCGCGCGGGCGCCCGCCUGCGCAACCUCACGCUGGACGUGCGCAACAACAGCGCGACGUCGCUCGCCAGCCCCGCGCCCGCCUCCGUGGAGCCCGGCGCCGGCGUCGGCCUCUUCCUCGCCGACCUGCACCUGCGCGGCGACGACUGGAACUGCGACUGCGACCUCGGGUGGGUGGAGGGCUGGCUGCGGCACCAGCGCCAGUACCUGGGGCGGCUGGCGCCCGACGACCUGCGCCUGGCCACGUGCUCCGACCGCAGCAACGCCUCGCUGCUGAGCGUGCUCAAGGAGGAGCUGGAGUGCGGGUGGAGCAGCGCGUCCGCGAGCCCCGCCCUUCGCUGCUGGCCGUCGUCGUCUCGUCGCCUCUGCUGCUGGUGGGCUACUCCGCCCGUGCCACCCCAGCCGCGCCCUAGUCGCCCCCGCCGACGCCCCUUCGCGUGCCCCGCCGCCCCCGCCGCGCCGCCGCCGCCGCCGCGCCAGGCGAUCGACCUCUGCCCCCGGCUGCUGCCAUGGCCGCCCACGCGCCUCCGGUUUCGACACUUCGCUUAG